AUAUGGACUCUAUAUUCUUCAUCCAAUAUAUAUUUUUUUAUUUCGAAUUUUUUUAUUUCUAAAUUGUAUUUCUAGAUGGACUCUAACCUCUAUAUUUAAUUUUUCUUAUUUUUUAAUUCCGAAUUUCCAUUAGUUCUAUUGUAUACCGACAUGGACUCUAGUCUUACCUUCCUAUAUUCCUUAUUUUUAAUUCCGAAUUUCAGCUAUUAUUAAAAUUGUAUUUCUAUAUGGACUCUGUUUUUUCUUUUUCUUAGAUUAAUGUGAGAAUUUCUAGACCAUGAGAGCGAACGUGGAGGCUUCUUUUUCUAUUCCUUUAAUAAUAUAAUAGAUUUCAAAGUCUUUUGGUGUACUAAUCCCUGAUCAGGUAUACUUCAGUUAUGACUGCCUGUUGGCUAUAUAUACAAUAUAUGUCUUUCUUCUGGAUAUUUACUUGUUUGUAUUCAAAGUCUUUUGUCAUGUAUUCCUUGUUCUUAAUCUCAUAAGAGCUCAUACUUUCUGCUGUCAGGGGAUUGCUCUGAGAGGAUUAUUCAUCAUUGACAAGGAGGGUGUGAUUCAGCAUUCUACCAUUAACAACCUUGCUAUUGGCCGUAGCGUGGAUGAGACGCUUAGGACCCUUCAGGCCCUACAGUAUGUCCAAGAAAACCCGGAUGAGGUUUGCCCAGCUGGAUGGAAACCUGGGGAGAAGUCAAUGAAGCCUGACCCCAAGGACAGCAAGGAGUACUUUGCUUCUAUUUAGACAUUUUAUUUACAUUCAUGGUCAAGUUUUGCCAUAGCCUUUGUUGGGUCACACAUUGCUCUUAUGAUCGAAAUUGCAGUUAUGUGGACACAUUGACUUUCUGCAAAUAAAGUUUUGUUGUGUUUCAUUUUGGAUUUGUUCUGCUCCCAUUUAAAAAGGAAAAUUCAACCAUUGAAAAAUAAUCUUAUUUGAUUCUAGUCACCUUUUUUAAGAAAUGCUAGUUAAGGUUUUAUGCAAGAAGUUACUUGAAGCUGUGUAAUGUUUAAUAAAAUGUUAUUGGCUCUUUUGUACCUGGAAGCGUUUCAAUCUAAAUGGCAAGCACAUUGCUUAUAAAGUGGAACAAGAAGUCCUCCAUUUUGCGCUCUUGAGGACGGCCCAGUAUGCCAGCCUAGGAAGGCAUGAACACCCUGGCCCAUAUGUGUCUUAACUCUUACUCAGGAAGUCAUGAGAAAACAAAGUUAGGUAAAUUAACAAAAUGGAACCCCAGCACAGAGUGGACAGCACAGGGCUGGAAGCAAUCAUCUUCACCGGAUUUCUGCCGCUCCAAACCAUCUGAAUAUGGUUUAAGAGUACUCCUUUCCCCUAACUUUAUGAAUGACUUCUUUUUUUUUCUUAAUAAUAAACAUGAUAUUCCUCCUGUUCUUAUCUCAAUAAGCUGAUCAAUGGCACUGUGGCACAUAUUUAAUCUCAUAUAAAAAGAAUAAAUCAAGAUAAUAGUAGCACUAGUACUGCAUAUCCUAAGCCACGCUUAUAAUUACACUGGCAGAACCACAAGCACUUUUUCUUCACCUUGGAGGCCCCUGGAGUGGUAGUGUAGUGCUCCUGCCGCAGCUUCUGUGCUGCACCCAUUACCAGUGCGCCAGGGAUAUUAAAAUUGGGAAGCUUUUCUGCAGAUAAUGCCACUCAUGCACUUUUUAGCAUCCCCUCUUGCUCCACUUUAAAAAGCUGCUUGCAGCAACACAAUGCUUAGGGUUAGUUUAAUUCCUGGGCAUACCACAACUCCUUUGCCAUGUACAGAUCUAAUACAGCAGCCUAACUGCCUUAUGUAACUAGAGAAAGAAAAAGAAAAGGAAAGAAAGGAUCAAAAGAAGAGUAUGCAGUGAUUACGGUUUCUUUUCUGCUUUCCUCUUUGUGUUUUCUUUUGCGGUAUUUUGCUCCUCUCUGUUCCGGGGUCGAUCCUCAAACUGUGUAUAUACUUUCCUCCUUGAAGCGCUCCUUUUGGGGCAAUGGCUUUGUGAUGAUUAGGGCUUGGCCUUUUCCUCCCCUUUUGGGCCAUAUGUGACCAAAGCUUUAUUUGACUGACCACUUACCACUGCCUCGGAUUAGUUUGAACAGACCAUGCUUUGCAUAUGUAGCGUGUAACACAUUGAUACCAGAAUCCUAUAAAGAAGGUGAAAGUUUAUCUGUGCAGAAACUAUAUAAGAGUUUCGAAGUAGUCAGUAAUCACUACUAGUCGCUAUAUAUUGGUUUUGUGAAAACUCAACGACAUCAAUGCGAGGCCCAGUUCUGAUUGUUGUGAAGAGGCACAUACACCAUUGCACUUCACUAGCUCGUACAAGAUGAUUGAGAAAUGAAUGGGGAUCUGUUGGGAAGGCUUGAGGGGGAAGUCAUUUUUGAUACUUUGUUUUUGCUGGCUGUUUAAUCGACCCCUUUUCCCUGUUCGUAUCCCCAUAAAGAACUAUGUUCUUGCACGACUUUUGAUGCAAAUGCACGCAGUAAUGACCGGUCAAUGAUGCUGUAAACGUGCUUUUAACUACAUACUUUGGCUUUUGCCUGACAGUUAAUUCUGCUUGUAGUAACACUGCAGUACAACAGAAUAUUUGAGCGGCGCUUAUAUAUGUCAAUAAUCAUGCAAUUAAUAAUGAUGCAAAUAUAUUCAUGUUGAUCUUGAUCAGUGCUAUCUUUGCCAUAUAUUAGUAGUAAACAUUUGUUCUGUUCACUCGUAGAUUCGGCACAUUGGCACUGAACCUUCAGCAGUUGCCUAAACUUAAUUAGUGAAUGUUUCAAUUUUUGUGUCUAGUAAUGUAGUCUGCUUUUUAGGGAACAAGAAUGCUGAAAAGCCCCGGCUUUGCUGAACAGCAUGUGGCUGUUUUAUGCAUUACUGCUCCUAGUAAUUGUGAGCGAUUCUAAUCUUUCCAUGCAUACACACAUACAGUCUACAGAGAGCAUAUGGGCAAUAAGGGGACGCUUUAUUCCAUAUACUUUGAGUCUAGAGAGAAAGAGGCCGUACACAGUUCCCGAUUCUUUUAGGGCACAAAGAUCUCUCUCUCUCAGAAAAGAAAACCAAUUUAAAUGGGCCCUCUUAAAAGAUGAGAGGUCACUGCAGGCCACAUCAGAUCGUAUCGAUCACAUAAAGCAUCAUAUGUUGUAUCGUCAUCAUUGCAACAUCAGCCCCAUUUCCCUGUUAGUAAUGUGAUCAAUCGUAUCAGUAUACGACGAGCAGUGAACAGGUAUAAAAGUAUGUAUGUACUUCCUUCAUGAUGAAUAUAUUGAUUGCCCUCUCUUAAAACAAAGGCUAUGCGGACGUACUAUACCUGUGCUACAUUAUAUGCAUCUUUUCAAUUUGAUGUAUUUUCAGCUAGUGGCUGUUUAGUUAGAUGCAUGGGUCCUAGACAGACGUGCUUCUAUAUAUGUACAUGUGUGAUAGAACAAAACUGUACAUAUGUACUCAAUUCAUUAUGUUGCUUGGGGUAAAUUUAGUUCUCAUCUAGAUACCUACGCCAAUAAUUCGGUUUACCAACAAUUAUCCCAUACCAUUGUUUCUUUCAUUCUCAUCAUUUUCUCAUGAAUUUCUUGUGCAUGUAUCCUUAUCAUUUUAUCAUGAAUACCACUUGUCACAUAUGUCCAAUCGGGGAAUAAUGAAGUUGUGGUAUGAAGUAUAAAUUUAGAUAUUAUACUGAUGGGUAAGGGAAGAGAAUACACUGAGAUAGGUAACCUGUCCCACCUGAACAAUGUAUGAGAAAAGGAGAAAUAACCUGCAAAAGAUAAGUGGCAAAAGCUGUUACUUGUAGUUUUGCUAUGGAUCGUUCCUUUCGUUUUGUUUUAUUUUUGCACUAAUAGGUUUGGUGGGAGAUGUAUUGGUGUUUACAUAUGGUGACAUGCAUGGAGCCAUGGAGAGGUAGGGAAGGCAUAAAUUCUAUCAGGUAAGAGUUGCAGCAAAGGUUUGUCUCUUAUUACUAAAUAUAGUAUCCCAAAGUAUAUAUGGAUUCUUCAAUUUGCCAUUUUACUAUCUAGUUGCAUAAAGAUUAGAAAGGAAGAUUCCACAACUAUAUAUUAUAGUGACAACUCACCAAACAUGGUUGUGAGUUAAUUGUGCUGCAUGUCAUGAUAUUUUUCCCUGAGAAAAUGGAGACCCUCUGAAAUAAUGAAAAAAAUUUCAGGGGUUAUGACAUUAUGUUUACCUUAUAUUCACACUUUACUGCGCUUACUUUGUUACAUGGAACAAUUAUUCUUGAAAAAUAUCAUUACUAAGGCACCUUGUCUGCUCCAAUGACCAAUGCACACUUGUCAUUUCACCAAAUCCUUCUAGAUCAGGUUCUAAAUUUUAUGGUCGCCCGGCUUUGCGCACUUUGAUGCAGGAACGCAUAGAAUUUAGCUCAGGUCAUUCUUUAGAGGCAGCUGAUCAUAUACAGAAGACUAGUCACAAAGAUACUGUGCACAAUCCAUAUGAUCUCCUAGCUAGCUACCCUCUGCAUGAGAAUGUGAGAACGCCUUGCUUGAAACUUGAGACUUGAGAGAGAUAGAGGGGAAAGCUGGGGGGCCUUUGUAUCUGCUUUGUCAGCACAUGCAUUCUACCUAGCCAACUUUUUCUUUCCCACCACAAAAUCCACUUUGGACCCUAAAAAUUAUAGCCCAAAGAGAAAGAAAAAACAACUAUGCAGCCCUCCCUAACAAGAAAAGCACAAAUCCACACACCAUAAUCUCCUCCUUCCUUCAACCUCUGUACCUUCUCACCCCCCCUCUAGCUACUCAAAAGAUGAACAUUCACCAACAUAUAAAGCAGCACUGCAUCCUCCCACCACUUGCAGGUUGCAGCUGAAGCAGCAGUGACCUCCGUCCCCCUUCUAUAUCUGCACAUCUCAUUCCUUCUCCUUUUUCUUCUCCUCACACACUACCGUUGCCACAUCAAAUCGAUAGAUUACUAGAUUAGCUAGGUUCUUGUAGUAUACGUAGCUAGCUAGGUGGUGUGGUGUACGUGUGAGAGAUGAGGGCCGGGGGGUGCACGGUGCAGCAGGCGCUGACGGCGGAGGCGGCCGCCGUGGUGAAGCAGGCGGUGACCCUUGCGCGGCGGAGGGGCAACGCGCAGGUGACGCCGCUGCACGUGGCGAGCGCGAUGCUGGCGCCGCCGGGGGGGCUCCUCCGCGCGGCGUGCCUCCGGUCGCACUCCCACCCGCUGCAGUGCAAGGCCCUGGAGCUCUGCUUCAACGUGGCGCUCAACCGCCUCCCGGCCUCCGCCGCCGUCGCCUCGUCGCCGCUGCUCGGCGGCCACGGGCACGGCCACCACGGCCACUACUACCCGCCGUCGCUCUCCAACGCGCUCGUCGCGGCGUUCAAGCGGGCGCAGGCGCACCAGCGGCGCGGGUCCGUGGAGACCCAGCAGCAGCCGGUGCUCGCCGUGAAGAUCGAGCUGGAGCAGCUCGUCGUCUCCAUCCUCGACGACCCCAGCGUCAGCCGCGUCAUGCGGGAGGCCGGCUUCUCCAGCACCCAGGUCAAGGCCAACGUGGAGCAGGCGUGCAGCACCACCACGGCCACCAGCGCGCCACCGAACCAAAACCCUAACCCUAGCUGCACCGGCGCCGCAGCCACCGCCACCGCCACCACCAGCCCGGCUCAUCCUCCGGAGAUCAAAGCCAAACUGCCACUGCUCGACAUGCUGGCGCGCGACGAGGACAUCGCCGCGGUGCUCGACUGCCUUGCCCCGGCAGCGGCUGGCGGCCGGGGCGGCGGCGGCAGCAGGAGGAGGGUCGUCGUCGUCGCCGAGAGCACGGCCGCCGCGGAGGCCACGGCGCGCGCCGCCGUGGACAGGGUCAGGAGAGGGGAGGCGAAGCAGCACGACGCGCUGCGUGGCGCGCAGGUGGUCAGCCUCCGCGUGUCGUCGUUCCGCGACAUGCCGAGGGAGGAGGCGGAGCGGCGGCUCGCCGAGCUCCGGUGCCUCGUGAAGAGCCGCGGCGCGCGGGUGCUCCUCGUCGUCGAGGACCUCAAGUGGGCGGCCGACUUCUGGGCCGCCGCGCACGCCGGCGCCAGGAGGGUCGGCAGCGGCGGCGGCGGCGGCUACUACUGCUCUGUCGAGCACGUCGUCACCGAGGUGCGCGCCCUGGCGUCGUGCGACGGCGGCAUCUGGCUCGUCGGGUUCGGGACGUACCAGACGUACAUGAAGUGCAGGGCGGGGCAUCCGUCGCUGGAGAGCAUGUGGGGGCUCCAGACGCUCGCCGUCCCCGCCGGCAGCCUCGCGCUGAGCCUCACCUGCGCCUUCGACGACAGCGCGCUGGGCGCAGUCAAUCAGUCCAUGAAAGCGAGCCCUCACACCACCGAUGGGAACCGCCCGGCGCCGUCUUGCGGGCCGCUUUUGGGCGGCAGCCACCUCCUCUCCAGAUGCUGCGGCGGCGACUGCUCCGCCGCGACGACGACGCACGAGCACGACACCAAGGCGUCGUUGCCCCGCUCCUUCGUGUCGUCGUCGAGCCUCCCUUCUUGGCUCCAGCAUUGCCGCGACCAGCAGCUGCAGGAGUCGACACAUUUCGCGGAUCUUGGCAAGACAUGGGGAUCCAUCUGCGGCAAGCCGUCUCAGCGGAUGACGCUGCAUUUCUCGGCGCCGGUGUCGCCGGCGUCCUCCAUCUCCUCCUACGAGCACGGCCACGGCCACCAGCAGCAGCAGCACCAGCCUCACCACUCGUGGCUUCUCGCCGACCUCGACGCCAAGCACCCAUGGAAGCCCAAGCGCGAGGACGACGACGACGAGAAGGCCAAGUCGCACGACGACUGCUCCGGCGCCUCCAAUGGCUCGGUGGAGGUGGAGUGCCGUUCCAGGUUCAAGGAGCUCAACGCCGAGAACCUGAAGCUCCUGUGCGCCGCGCUGGAGAAGGAGGUGCCGUGGCAGAAGGAGAUCGUCCCGGAGGUGGCGAGCGCCGUCCUCCAGUGCAGGUCCGGGAUCGCCAAGCGGCGGGACAGGUCGAGGUCGACGGAGGCGAAGGAGGAGACGUGGCUCUUCUUCCUCGGAGGCGACGGGCACGGCAAGGAGAGGGUGGCGAGGGAGCUCGCCGGCCUCGUCUUCGGGUCACGCAAGAGCUUCCUCUCCGUCAAGCUCGGCGCCUCCUCCUCCUCGCCGUCCGCGUCGGGCUCCACCGAGGAUCACCACCGGAGCAAGCGGCCGCGGACGACGACGACGUCGUCGGCGAGCGAGGCCUACCUCGAGCGGCUCUACGACGCCGUCUCGGAGAACCCGCACCGCGUCAUCCUCAUCGAGGACGUCGAGCAGGGCGACCAUCGCUGGCAGGUGGGCGUCAAGGAGGCCAUCGACAGAGGGGUUCUCCGGAGCCAGGCCGGCGACGAGGUCGGCGUGGGCGACGCCAUCAUCAUCCUGAGCUGCGAGAGCUUCGAGGCGAGGUCUAGAGCUGGCUCGCCGCUGAUGAACAAGAAGAUGAAGGUGGAGAAAGAGGAAGCCAACACAAGUGAUCAUGAUCACAAAUUAGAAAUCGAAUCAGGCGCCCCCUCUUCUUGCUUCGAUUUGAACCUUGACAUGGAGAGCGAUCAAGCAGCAGAUGAGCUCAGCUCCGGUGAUGUCUGUCUGCUCACGGCGGUCGACCGGGUGCUGCUCUUCAGAAGGCAGGAUGAAAUGUAACACUAGUGUACAUGAAGGAUCCAUGUUUAUCAGCUAGGGUAGCUAGCUCAUUGCUCGUCUAAUUAGAUUUUCCUUUCAUUUGUUUUGAUGGUUUUUUUUGUUUCUAGUAUUAACUUUGGCUUUAGAGGAUCAUGGCAUUGGUGCGGUUGGACAAUGGCAUAUUAUGAGCUUCGUUAAGAUGGAGCUCUGUUAUAUAUUUGUGGUGGUGGUGAUCAAAUAUAUUUUCAUCUACACAGCGGUUUGGAUAAUGGGUAUAACUAUAUUUUGAA